AUGGGCACUUUGGCUAAGUGUGAUGUAUGCCUGUUACAUCAUGCCGGCCCAUGUAGGUAUAGGAAGUAUGAAAACUGUAGAAGGAAUGGUCAUUCAAAGGAGACGUGCUGGGUUGGUAAUGGUCGUGGAAGUGGUGGCCAGAGAGGUAAUGGUAGUGGCAGUGGAAACCAUGGUGGAAACGGUACUGGGAAUAGAAACAAUCAAGGAGGAAAUGGAGGCAAUGCGAAUCGUGGUGGUUUUGGAAACCUAGCUGGAAAUGGAAACCGCAACCACAACAACCAAGGUGGUACUGGAAACAAGCAAGGAUGCUUUAGUUGCGGAGAUAUUGGGCAUUUCAAGAGAGAUUGCCCAAAGAACAACCAAGCUUAG